UGACUUCUUCCAGAGGAAGCGAGCGUGGUGGGGUUUGGACCCUGGCAACGCUCCCUGUCGGCCGGGGAACCAGGCGCCCCCUGGUGUGGAGUGACCCGGCUGUCGGGUUUCACUGGUGCUGCGUCAUUCGUCUUGUGGCCGGAGGGCGCUGGCAAGGUCCGCCUGGUGUCGGCUAGAAAACCUCCAGUCAUCCUAUCACCUAACUCUGAUACUUCAGGUGAUCUGCAAAAGAAGCUGGUGCCCUUUAUCACAAUAUUAAACUCCUACCUAGCUUACAUGUCGGAGAAGAUGAAAGAGGGAAGCUGGAUGGAAGCUGAUGGAGGUGUCACCUGAACCACUGCCCCACAUCUACAAGUCUCUUGGGUGCCUGAAUAUUGGCUCUGCGUCUGAAGCUCCUGAAACUUUUCUCACUGCAUAUAUAUGUAUAUAGUACACAAGUGCUUAGCCCAAGCAUGAGAAUUAUUGGAAUCCUCUGAUAAGACAAAUUGGAACUGCAGUGGGAGCUCUGUGUAGGAAGAUGCAGCCUUUGAACAAGUUGACGGCUAUCUCAAAACCUCAAAACCUGGCUCCUCACGAACAAAGUGAGGUCCUGAGAGCAGAUGUGUCUUGGCAGCCGGAAUCCAUCCCAGUCGUGGAGACAGAUGACUGUGAAGCCUCUCGUCUAAAGUUUAGACAUUUCCAGUAUUUGGAAGUGUCUGGGCCUCAUGAAGCCCUGAGUCAACUCUGGGAGCUCUGUCUUCAGUGGCUGAGACCAGAAAUUCAUACAAAGAAGCAGAUCCUAGAGCUAUUGGUACUGGAACAAUUCCUGACAAUUCUCCCUGAAGAAGUCAGGACUUGGGUGAAUUUACAACAUCCAAAGAACAGCAAAGAAGUGGUGAGCCUGAUAGAGGAUGUGAUUGAUAUGCUUAAGGAUGAAGGUAUAACCUGCAAGGAUUCUGCCCUACUCCAGAAGGGGAGCUUCAAGCAAGAAAAAAGGGAAGCUGACUCACCAACAGGCAAAUCCCAGGAGCCAGUGACAUUCGAAGAUGUGGUUGUGGAAUUCAGCGAGGAAGAGUGGGGGCAACUGGACCCUUCUGUAAAGAACCUGUACAGGGAUGUGAUGCUGGAGAACUAUAGGAACCUGAAUUCAUUGCAUAAAGAGCAUCUACUUUCCAAACCAGUUGAGACCUCCAGGUUGGAGAGUAAGGAAAAAAGUUGGAUAAUGGAGCAAGAAAUUCUAAGAACAACUGUUUUUGGCCUGAAGAGGAAGAGGAAGGAGCCAUCUCCAGAAACUGGAAGGGAGAAAGUCAUGUAAAGAAGGCACUUUGGUAAGAGCCGUGACUUCAGAUCUAGAAGAGCAGCCAGUCAAAAUUAACCCUCCAGUCUGUCAGGGCUUCCCAUUGGCCAAACCUAGUCAAAGCCAGAGGGCUCGGGAGCCUAUUGAUAUAGCCCAUUUAGGCCAGCCUUCCAAUGUUGGAGAAGGAUAGGAGUGGAUUUAGAAAGGCAGAUGGAAGAUGUCUGAUACAGGAUCCAAAAUGACCUGAUGAGGGACUUUUAGUGGACCUUAGUCUUCCUGAAUAUAUCUAUGAUUCACAUCCUUGGGAGUCCAGCUCUCCUUGGACUAGCUUCUGUACCCAAUUAGGUUAUCUGUAGCAUAAGUAGAAGUGUUUUUGUUUGUUUGUUUUUGAGAUACAACUGACAUAUAACAUUAGUUUCAGGUAUACAACAUAAUGAUUCAAUAUUUGUAUAUAUUGUGAUCACAAGAAAUCUAGUUAACAUCCAUCACCACACGUUACAAAUUUUUUUUCUCGUGAUGAGAACAUUUAAAAUUUACUCUCAGCAACUUUGAAAUAUACAAUACAGUAUUAUUAACUAUAGUCUCCACACUAUACAUUGCGUCCCCAAGACUUACUUAUGUUAUAACUGGAAGUUUGUGCCUGUUAACCACAUUCACCCAUUUCACCCCCCCUAACUCUUGACAACCACCAGUCUGUUCUCUGUAUCUAUGAGUUUGGUUUUUUUGGGGGGCGGUUAAGAUUCCACAUAUAAGUGAGAUCAUACAGUGUUUGUCUCUCUCUGACUUAUUUCACUUAGCGUAAUGCCCUCAAGAUCCAUCUGUGUUAUUGCAGAUGGCAAGAUUUCCUUCUUUUUUAUGGCUGAAUAAUAUUCCAUUGGGUGUAAAUAUACAUACUGCAUCUUCUUUAUCCAUUUAUGCAUCAGUGGACACUUAGGUUGCUUCCAUGUCUUGGCUAUUGUAAUUAAUGCUGCUGUGAACAUGGUAGUGCAGCUAUCUUUCCGAUUUAGUGUUUUCAUUUUUUUAGGAUAAAUACCGAGAACUGGAAUUGCUGGGUCAUACAGUAGUUCUAUUUAUAAUUUUUUUAAGAACCUCCAUACUCUUUUCCAUAAUGGCUGUACCAAUUUACAUUCCCACCAACAGUGCACAAGGGCUCCCUUUUCUCCACAUCCUUGCUAAUACAUAUUAUUUCUUAUCUUUUUGAUAGCCAUUCUAAUAGAUGUGAGGUGAUAUCUCACUGUGGUUUUGAUUUGCAUCUCCCUGAUGAUUAGUGAUGUAAAGCUCCUUUUCAUGUACCUUUUGUCUUUGUAAAAACGUCUAUUCCAAUCCUCUGCCUAUUUUGUAAUUAGAUUGUCUGUUUUUGCUAUUGAGUUGUGUUUAUAUAUUUUGGAUAUUAACCCCUUACCAGAUAUACUGUUUGCAAGUAUUUUCUCCCAUUUGGUAGGUUGCCUUUUCAUUUUGUUGAUGGUUUCUUUUGCUUGGCAGAAACUUUUCAGUUUGUUGUAGUCUCACUUAUUUUUGCUUUUGCUGCCUUUGCUUCUGGUGUCAAAUCUAAAAAAUCACCUCUAAAUCUGAAGUCAGAUAAAACUGUGAGUUGCUUAAAAUGUACAUCCUGGUGAUUUGAUACAUAUACACUGUGAAAGGAUUCCCCCCAUCUAGUUAAUUAAUACAUCACCUCCAGGCCAGCCAAACUUCUUGAAGGUGUUGUCCAUACUGGCUCUGUACUGAUGAUCCCACUAACACAUACCAGUACUUUUUUCAAGUUUGUGUAUUUCUUUGAAUAAGAAAAAGUAUUUCUAUUGUUUGCACUAAA